GAUUAUAAACGAUGUUUUCCUGCGAACAGAAAGAAAAUAUAGCAAGUAAAGUUCAGGGACACUUUAAUUUAUGCUUAGCUGUGGAAGCUAUCCGACCGUCUGUGAGGGGAAUGUGAUUAGAUAGAGGCAUUGCUCGACUGCUGACAGACACCGUCAUUCGCGGGUUUCUUCUGAAGUGUUCCCGGUCUGCUGCCUUUUGUUCUCCGGCCGCCCCUCGGCUGAGCUCUGCUAGUUAGCAAAGCAGUUAAGGUAGCAGCUAGCUGGCUAGCAAUUUCCUUUCAGAAACGCGACCGGAGGUACAGCAGGAAGGGAAAGAGAAAGCUUUAUUUCUGAGUGGACAGAACCUGUGGCUGACAGUGGAAACCGAAGUCAUUGGAAACUGUGGGAAGAUAGCUCACUUUCAAAGCCUUUUUUCUUUCCUUCUUUUUUACUGCAUGGCCGCCAGCUUCCUUCAUAUAAAAACAGCCACAAAGGAGGGGAAAAGAGACACGAAACCUUGAAGACAAAGCGACAGACCUGGCAACCCUGGAAAGAGGACAAGAUGCUGGCAGUUUUACAUAGAAAACUGUGGGGCGGGCUGUUUCACAGUGCAUCAGACGCUGCAGGGUCUUGGGGGUUGGAUCUGAUCCCAGCUGACACUGAGCAGGAGGCAGGGCAUAUCUAGCACACAGGGCUGUCACACAGGGCUGUCACAUAGAUACAGACAACCAUUUCUGAUGGAGUCUGACCAUGGAUGACGAGGUUGACCCUGACCAUCAAAAUGUGAACUCCGUCUUGCAUCAGGAAUCCUCAGAACUGCUCACCAUCAUUAACAGUCAGUUACCCGCAGUCAUAAUGGAGUUGUGCCAAAUGAUGCCAGGUAACGCUGGGCUGAACAUCAACCACCUGGCCUGUUCUGCAGCCGCACGGACUGAACACAUUAGAACAAUGUUGGAGUAUUUCAGAGCAGCCAGUGCUGCAGAUUGCUGCAACUUCCUUCAGACUGUGUGUAUGUUGUGUGAGAACAUCCCCAUGCACCUGGAAUCGAGGCUCAUGUCAGUGGCUGGGUAUACACACACUGAUGCCAGACAGUUGCCAGCCACAGAACCGGUGUCUCUGAGAAACACAGAUGUUUGUGAAAAAUCCAGUCCCAGUGUAACGUAUAAGAAGUCGUCAUCGCCGCCCUUAGAGCCUCAGCUCGUCAAACGCCCACGGAUUGCAGACCACUGGGAGCAAUAUAUUGUUGCAGUGAUGGAUUUACUGCUGGGCAGAUGGGAGCGACUCAGUGAGCGCCUGUUGAGAGAGGUCCUGCUGGAGAAUGUGUGGGUCAGCCCAAAAACGGUGAUCAGAGGCAGGGACAGACCUGAUAGAACUCCUGGAUCAGCAGAUAGAGGGAGCAGAACACCAGAGUCUGAUGGGGAUUUAGGGUUUUCCGAUACCAGAGUGACAUUAGAGACCUUCCUCCAAGGAUGUGCAGGAAAGGUGACUGUUCUCGUUGGCCAGUCUGGAUCGGGAAAAACUCUGCUGAUGUCUGUUUUAGGACAGCAGUGGGCACGUGGACUAGGCCCUGUCCCUUCAUACUUCCUGUUUGUCCUGCUAGAGUUUCGUCAGCUCAACUUGUUGUCUCGCCCUCUCUCCCUGUCUGAGCUGCUAUUCCGACACUACCUUCUUCCAAAAGGGGGUGACUAUGAAAAGAGAGCCAUUAUGGACUACCUCCUCUCCAAUCCAGAGCAGAGCUGUUGGGUGCUGGAUGGCUAUGAUGAGUUUCACAGAAAACUCCCCAGACAAGAGGUGAAGAAAAAGCAACUGGACCCAGAAAAGCCUCUGCCUGUUGAAGACCUCAUAUCAGGGUUGUGGAAUCGUCAACUUCUUCCAGGGUGUACUGUGAUGGUCACCUGUCGUGCACGCGAUGUGAUUGAUUUUGAAGGCCUAUCAGAUAAAGUGGGGCAGCUACGGGAGUGGGACUGCCAUGACAUCAAAGAGUAUGUACACAACUACUUUAAAGCAAACAGAAGUGUUGGAGAGCAGGCAGCGGACCUGAUUCUUUCCACUCCACACCUCCUUGCCAUGUCAUCCCUCCCUGCCCGCUGCAACAUCUGCUGCAUAUGUCUGGAUUAUUUAUUGCUGGAAGGGAGAGAUGCAACAAGAGCGCGUACCAGAGAGAUACCAGAAGUAGUGAUGCUGGGAGGAGGAGGGAGUAGAGGAGAAAAUCAUGCACUAAGUGGAGACCAAGGAGGAGGCAUGAUGAUGGAUACAGUAAAUGGUACAGCCCAGCUACCAUCAACCCUUACCCAGGCCUACCUCACUGUUCUUGGUGCGUUUCUGAGUCGUGACCCUGAAAGAAGAGGAAGAACAGACACGCCAAAUACCAUGACCCCUCAAGAGAGUACUGUGUGGCUCCUGAGUCAGUAUCGAUCUGAGCUAUGUGAGCUGAGUCAACUGGCCUGGAAAGGCGUAGAGAGCAGCCAGAUCCUCUUCAUGGAAGAAGACAUUUCUCAGGGUGUUUUGAAGUUCUCAAUUAACACGGGGCUUCUUACUCAGGUGGAGGUCAGACGUGAGGACGGGACACUCGUCAAUUCCUACUGCUUCAUUCAUUUGACAGUACAGGAGUUUUUCGCUGCGCUCAGAAUUAUGACCAGUCGGGAUGUUAGUGACGCAAAGCUGAAGAAGACAUUCAGUCUGAAAACUCGCUGGAUGACCAAGUCAGACCAGAGGACAGUCUUUACAGACUCCCUGUACCUGUAUGUAUGUGGUCUGGCUUCCCAAAACUGCACUCAAGCCCUAGUUGAAAUAGCCAGGACCGCUGGCAAAAAUUGGGUCCACAAACGACAAGCCCUCGUUCUAAAACUGCUAGAUAACCUUUGCCACAACAACCUGACUGGACCAAAGGUAUUGGAGCUUUGCCACUGUGUCCAGGAGAGCCAAGACCGCAAACUGGCCCAAAAGGUUGUGGAAACGAGAGCCACACUGGAGCUGCGCAACAUCCGCCUAUUACCAAAUGAUAUUGAUGCUCUGGCUUUUGUAGUGAACUCAAAAGAUGAUCAUGACAUCGGAUUGGAUUUUGGAGCAUGCUCAAUGGAGUUGGACUGUUUAGAUGUCCUGCCCAGGUGUCAAUACAUUCACUUCCUCUGUUUUCACAGCCGCAAGUAUGGUGACAAGUUUGCUGAGAAGUUGUCCUCCAUUUUGCCAAAAUUCACAACCCUGAGGAAACUUGAGUUUUGCGGUUCUUCCCUGACUGCCGCAGGAGCAGCUAGUUUGGCCUCUGCUCUACAGAACUGUCCCCACAUCACUGAAAUCAAUUUGAGUGACAACAAUCUGAAAGACCCAGGGAUCAAACACAUAGCCGAUGUUUGUACCAAGCUACCAAGCCUGGCCUCGCUAAUGUUGGGUCGAAACAACAGCUCUCUGAAGGCAGUGGACUAUCUAAUCAGGACAAUGUCUUCAUGUUUGAACAUCCAACACAUUCACGCAGAUGGGAUGAGGGAAGUAAGAGUAACUUUCUGUCAGAACUCAGAUUUUAACAACCAUAAACCUAAAUCUGAACCAACAAUCAGCUUGUUGAAUCAGAAAUGGAGCAAGGCUGAUAUGCAAAAGCUUGCUGAGUCAUUGACACAUUGCCCCGCUCUGUCUGUCCUGGAUCUGUCUGGAGGCCAGUGGGAUUUGGAAACUCUGAGGAUGCUGACUCAGUUUUUGCCCAGGUUUAACGUCUCCAAAGAGAUCAUUGUGAAUGAGAGCUGCUCUUCAGUGGAGGCUGUGGUGAUUCUGACGGCUCUGCUAUCAGACUGCCCUGCUGUGAUUGAGCUUCGUGUCAGACUACAGAGUCCUGUCCAGGUGUCUGUUGUGUUCUCUGGGGGAACACACAAACCUGCUGAGGAAAGAUCGAAAAUACUUUGUCUCAGCUGCUGUAGUCUGCUUCCUGCUGAUCUGGAGAAAGUUUGGAGGAGCUUGGGAACUUCCUCUGAACUCACUUUGCUUGAUCUGUCCAGUAACUCUUUAGGCAACAAAGGCCUGGGGAAACUGUUGGAGAUCCUUCCACGCCUGAGUAGCAUCCGGGAGAUCAAUGCCAGUAGCAACCAGAUCACCAUGGACGGAGUGUUGAUGCUGGCUGGUGCUUUGUGUUCCCACAACAACUUAACACAAAUUCACAUUAGUCUUGGUGGCAGAGAGCAGGUGACCCUGAAGUUCUGCCCUGACAAAAGUGAAGUCAAUCAGCAGCUAAAGAUGUUCAGGAUAAACAACAGCAGCCUCCUGCCAACGAAUGUGACUGCACUAUGUAGGAGACUGCUCCAGUGUCGCUCCCACUUGGAAUUAGAUUUGUCCCACAGCUCACUGACAGACAAGGCUAUCGAGAAUCUGCUGAAGGUCCUGCCGAAGAUGAAGUCGCUACAGAGACUCAACAUCAGCCACAGCAUCAUGUCUGCAGAUGGAGCACUGAACUUGGUCAGUUGUUUGACUGUCAGUCAUCGAGUCACAUCACUGGAGCUUAGGCCUCAGGCUGAAUCUUUUAUCCAGUUUGACAGUGUGACAGCAGAACACACCAGCUGCAGGUUAAAUGAUUUUGACUUGAAUGGCAAGUACUUGGAGAGACUGCUCGAGAUCCUACAGCAUGGUCCCCGCCUGUCUGCCCUGGACUUAACAAGCAACCAACUGGAAGAUGAAGGAGUGAGGCGUUUUGUGGAUUCUGUACCAGUGCUUCCAAUCACCAGCUACAUCAAUUUGAGCAACAACAGCCUGACCCAGCGGGGGCUGUUGGAUGUGGCCGGCACGCUGUGUGCCUGUGGUAGAAUCUCUGGUGUAGAAGUCGGUCUGGGAGCAGAGGACAGGUGUCUCAUCUGGUUUGCACAAUCCGAAGGCUGUGAAAAAACUCUGAGUCUCAGAGAGAGCAGUUUGGAACGUGACCAUCUGGUCAGAUUAGCAGACAUCAUGUCUCUGUGUCCCAGUCUGACCAAAGUGGAGCUCAGGAACAAUUUGCUGCAGUCGGAUUGGAUCGUGGACUUUGUGAAACAGCUGAACAUCCAUGAGAGAGGACUCAGUGUCAGUAUUGAGGAGGGCUGGAUCAGAUCCGAGGAGGCUGUUACACUGGUGUGUCGCUGUCUGGAGCUCAACAGCAGCAUACACACUAUCAAGGUUCAACACACCACGCUGCACCUGUCUUUGACGAGGUCCACUGAACUGACUUCAGUCAGCUUUGUAGACUGUGCAGUGGAGGGUCACCAGCUUGCACCUAUGAAGAACUUCAUCCAGAAGUGUCCUCUACUGACAGAGCUCGAUUUGUCCCACAAUAGACUUGGUCUGGGGGGAGCUGAGUUUCUCUGUUCUGUUCUGCCCUCGCUGCCACAUCUUUCUUCUCUCAGCAUUGCUUCCAAAGGGACUUUUGUGAUUGAGAGGCUGUCAGAGGCAUUACUGCAGGCUACAGCAAUCCAGUGCCUAAAUUUAUCAGGUAAUGUGAUUGGUGACACUGCUGCAGAGAUUAUGAGCGGGAUGUUUCCCCGUCUACGAUCACUAAACCUGUCUCAUUGUUUGUGGUCAACGGCUGGAGGGCUUCAGCUCAUCAGAGCAUUGAGAGAGAGUGUCAGUCUGGAAAGCCUCAGUCUGGACUCUUUGCAGCUGAAUGAAGAGAGCAGAGUGUGUCUGUCACAGUCACUCAGGAAUAUCAAAUCUUUACGAAGUCUCAAGAUGAAUAAGAUUGCAAUGGAAGAAUCGGGUGAAAGUGAUGUAUUCAAUCUCCUCACUGCUAUGGAGGGGCUCACACGUAUGGAGGAGAUAGAGUUGGACGGCUGGAGGAUGGCUGAUGGAGGAACAGAGCAGCUGACCAGACUCCUUCCUGUCUGGACAGAGCUCAGGAAGAUCAGUCUUUCCAAGAACCUUAUUAGCGACCGAUCAGGAGUCACGCUACUGGGGGCUUUGAGCAGCUGUACCCACCUGGAGGAGCUCCAUUUGUCCGGUAACAGCCUGGGUGAUCUGACCGCUGUCAGGAUGGCUCUUGUUCUACCAUCACUAACACACAUCACUGUGUUGGAUAUUUCAGAAAACAAUAUUGGAGAUGAAGGGUCUGUGAGUCUGUCCAGAGCAAUAAUGUGCCUGAAGAAGCUCACCAAGCUUGAUCUGACCUCUGUUGGGACUUCAGAGCUGUGUGCCAUAGCUGCCAGCCUGGCCCACUGUCCCCUCAUUCAGGAUGUACGAACUGUGUCCGUCUGUGUCUCUAGUAUGGGCUGGAAUAACUGUGGUGAUGAAGUAGUCGAGGAGUUGGCAAGAGUGAUGCCCCUGUGUAGGAAGCUGGUCAGAAUAGAUCUGGAGUCAAACAUCGUGAGUGUCUGUGGAGUGGAGGCCCUGUUCAGAGCCUCACAGUCGUGUCCUGCCCUGCAGCUCAUCAGGCUGUGGAGAAACAAAGUGUCUCUGAGUGAAGCCGAAAUACUCAGCCAGAAGGACAGGAGGCUGAAUUUCUCCUCCAUCUGAUGUGAUCUGUCUUCUUGAAUGGUGGCAGAGAGAAGUGAACUUCCAGUUCAUCCGAAGCUGCAGAGGUGAAUCACUGCUACAGUAACUCCAGCCUGGAGAGGAGGAAACGUGUUUUCCCUGCAGUAUGUUUUUAAUCCUAAGAGUGUAAUUAAGUACAGAUUUAUUUCUUUUGAGGUAUUAUGUUUGAGAAAAGAAAAAAAAAAUGUUUGAGCAUAUUUAACUACAGUAGUAUAACCAUGUAGUUAUUGGCCUCUUGUUUCACUGUAGUGAACUGGUGUAAUCAGCUGACACUAUCCUUGUUUGUUAAGGAUAAAGGAAGUGUGUGGAUACUCAUCUAAACUCUGUCCUGUCAGCGGUGAGUGUCCUGUUACUAGUCCCGUACAUCACCACUGUGACUGACAGCUGUCAAAAUCAGCCCUGUUGUUGACAGACAGACGUCCUCCAUGUCUCACCUACUUUCGGAUAAAAGAUAUUAUACGUUACUGUGGGUUUAAUCAAAAUGAUCAAAACAGGAAUCAAGAACAAUCCUUCAGUUGAUUUAAUCACAAAUAAAAUUAAGAUUCAGAUUAAGAUUCAAUCAGACCAAAGAUAAAUAAUCUAAAUGUAAUGUAAUACAGGCCUUAAAAUGAUAUAUAAUGAAAAUGAAUAACAUCUUUUAAAAACAAAAUACUAAUUUGAGGUUCCGUGAGACAUGUUUACUUACACUUGUGACGAAGUGUGUGUUUCUUUUGGCAGCUGUUGGUAAAUGUGUUUAAUCUGUCUGUGAGCUGACGGAUGUUGUGGUCAAGUGAAAUAGUGCGAUGAGUUUAAUGAUAGCACACUCUCAGAUAGUUGGUGGAGGAUCAACUAAGCUCAUUCUUUUGGAUCAGCCCCAGCUUCUCAGUUUCGUUACUGCCAGCUCUGCACACACUGUCACUGCUGUGACACCAGAGGCCAUGAUGUGGAGGAUUCCUUGAUCGCAAUAAGGUUUCCGUGGAUUGACAAUGAUUAUUGUGCUGCAUGUAUGCAGACUCUUAUACACUGAGGCACUUUGCUCUUUAUGUGUUUACAAUUGUUAGAGGCCACAUGAGUGAAAACACAACAAAUCACAAACUCACAGUAAAGAAAGAUUUAAGAGGGAGAGUCCCCCUCUGACAGUUGCUCUUAUUCUCAUUUUAGGUUGUGGCCUCUAUCCAAUUUACGUAUUUAUUUCUGUUGUUAUCAUGGAGAGAAAUGCUGAAGUUGUUUUUUUUAAAAAGUUAUUUAUUUUAGCUGUUAAUUGUAAGUUCACAAAAAAUAGUUUCAAACAAUAGAAUAAGGAAAAUCGUCAUACUGUGUAAAUAUCAUGACAAGUACAGGUUGGAGCCUCACCAUUGUCAUUUCUGUAGUUACUUGAUAAUGUUUGAAUUAUGCACUCAUUCAGAUCAGAUGAUCAACCUAUUCCCUCUUCUCUAUGAUAAGAAUUGUUGAGAAGCUUUUCCAGUUCUUUCACUUUCUUUAUGACUUUUAACUAGCACUGAUGUCCUGUGGUGCCUGUCUGGUGUUUUGAUGCUCAGGUUGAGGUUUGAGUUCUUAUGUGACAAAUUAUGUCUGUCUUUGUCAUUCAUUAAUCAUUGACUUGCACUGAAAUUUGACAAAUAAAAAAGUACCACAGGU